UUUUAUUAUUAGAUUUUAAUGAUUAUUAGAUUAUAUGUUCAAAAGCACGGAAAAAUCAAAUUAUUUUCAAUUAUAAAAAAUACUAUUGAAUUUUUAGAAAAUAAUAUCAUUUUAGUCUAAUAACGAAGCAAAAUAUUUGUAAUCAAUUAUGCCUGAAACCACAUUACAAAUUAAAGGUAAAAAAUCAUUACCUGCUCUUCAAGGACAAAUUUAUCAACUGAAAUUAUUAAUGUUGUUCUUAAAACGCGGUAUGGACAUGGAAACACAAAAUAAACAAUUUUCUUUUCGUUUGGGAACAGAAGUAGAAGAAGCAAAAAAAUUUGAUGAUUUGGUUUUUGAAAUAACCGAAAACGGCGAAAAGGAAUACUUGCUUUUGCAAGCAAAACAUAAAGAAAAUGAAUCUAGAAAAAUUAAAUUUGAUGAUUUAUUAAAAGAGAGUGAAUAUUGUUUGCCAAAAUAUUUCUUUUCUUUUCAAGAUUGCAAAAGUGAACCAAUUUUCAAGAAUGGUAGUAUUAAGAAUGUAACUAUUUGUACAAACAUCAAUCUAGACCUACUUGACACUUAUGAAUGGGAGGGUAACAUUAAAACAUUGCAAGAUAUGGUUGAAGAAGUAAAAGAAAAGAAUGUUAUUUUAGAUUUUAACAAUGAGAACCUAACAAAAGUAGCCAAACAGUAUAAAUUUAACGAGAAUAUAAUUCCAAUAUUAAACGAAAAGUUGGAGUUUUAUUGGGAAGCAAAACAAAGAAAACGCAAGGCAACAGGAGAAUUUUCAAAAAAUCAAAAAAAUUUCAACGAAGACGACAUCAAAGAAUUUUUAAAGAGUUUAGUGUUCGCCGUUAAUAACCCUAAUGAAAAGGAAUUGGGUGAAAUUAUUGCAAAUGAUAUUGGCAUGGAGUUUAAUUUUCUCGAAACAGAUUACAUAUAUAAGGAUUUUUUUGAUAAUAUGUUAGAUUGGUUAAAAAACCAAGGACAUGACCAAUAUAUGUCAGGGGAAGUCGGUAGAAAAUUAUUUCAAAAUGCUACACGGAAAUUAUGUGAAUUGAAAUUAGCCGGUGUUACUCUAGAUUAUGGAAUCUAUAUGGAAAAUUUUGAUAUAACAUUUAAUUUAAAUUCUAAAGAUGAACAAUUGUUACAAUUUCUUCAAAAAAACGUUGAAAAUAAUCAAAUUUUAAAUAUUAUAAAUCAACAGCCACUCUUGACUGCUAUCAAAAUUAAUCAAAUUUUGAAAGGUAUGCCAGAGCUUCAGAGAGUCACACUUCAAAUUGGAUUAGUUUCAGCACAUCGUCUUUUGGAUUUUUUAAAACAAUCACUCAUUUGUAAUAAAAUUAAUCUUCUUGUAAUUGAAAGUGAAAUGCCGGAAAUUAAAAACAAGUUAAAAUAUUUUUACAGUAAAUUAGAAAAUACGUUGCGACAUGUGAAAAAUAAAAAAAUUAUUCUAAUAACUCAAAAUGAUAAUGAGCUUGAAAAUAGUAGCGAAAAUCAAUAUUUUGAUAAAGAAUAUCAAAGUAUAUGGUUUAAUAACCUUACACUUGCAUCUCAGAACCGAAUUUUAGAUACAGAAAAAAUUAUUUUCCAAGGACGUGAAGUUUUGCUUGGUUCGCUUAUAGUUAAUGAGCAAUUGAAACAUUUUAUUAACGGCGAAGUGUUGUUAAAACUUAUUAAAAAACAAAAAAUGAAAUUUGGUAAAAACAUCUUAAAUUUUAAUUAUGUGGAAGAUCAUUAUAUUGAUCGAAAAUUGACUCGUGCGGAACUUUUUGAUGAAAUUUCUUUUAAAAAUGACCCAAACUUUUUUAUCGUGGAUAGUAAUAGUGAAAAUGUACAAGGUAAUUUUGAAAACUUACAGGAAGAACAAGAUGUAAUUGUUAUAUCAUCUGACCUAAAUAUUUAUGAAAAUUUAACCAAAAUUCAUAAAACUCGAAAUAUACAUUGGCUUAAAAGAGACGAUGACAAACUUAUUUGGCAAAGAUCUAACGGCGACCUUUGUAAAUUACGAAAAGUAUUGAAUUUACAAAAAGUGGUAUAUUUGCCAAAAAGUUUAAAUGAUUUUGAAGAUAAAAUUGGAAUCAUUUGUGCAGAACCUGGUAUGGGAAAAUCAACCAUAUUAUCAAAACUAGCGCAAGAGACUAAAGCAUUAAACCCCUCACUGUAUAUUAUCAGACUUAAUCUUUUGGAUCACGUAAAACAAUACAGUGAUUUACAGAAAGUUACUAUCAAUAAAAGUGAAGUGGAAAAAUUCUUGUGUGAAGUUUGCGUUUCCAAAACCUUUAAAGCCAAUGAGAUGAUGGAAAAAUUAAUAAAGCGAUUUCCUAACAUAUUAAACUGCGACUUUUCUGGUAAGGAUUAUAAAACUAAUGCUGAUUGUGGAUUAUUUACCUUAGAAAUUGCGAUAUUCAAUUAUUUUUAUGAUAAUCAUCAGAUAAUCCUACUUUUGGAUGGUUUCGAUGAAAUCGUUCCGCAUUAUAAAAACGAAAUUUUAGCUAUGUUAACAGUUCUUAAAGAACUUCAAUUAAAAAAAUUAUGGAUAACAACACGAGACUAUAACAUUUUAAAUGAAUUGGAAAAUAAAUUAAAUACAUUUGCUUUUCGCAUAGAGCCAUUUAGUCAAGAAGAUCAAAAAAUGUAUUUAGAAAAGUUUUGGAAAACAAAUUUAAAAAUAACGCUUAAUCAAAAUAAGCGUAUUGACAUCUUCAUUGAUAACAUGCUAUUAAAGUUUUCAAAAUCCAUCAAGCAUAAAGAAAAUGAGUUGCAUGAAAAGGAUUUUCUGGGUACACCAUUGCAUUUAAACAUGUUAGCGACUGCUUCUGAAAAAGCUUUUGAAAAAUUCUCUGUCUGUGACAAUGCAGAAAGUUUAAAUGUGGAUGAACAAGAAAUAGAUGAAAAAUUUAAUUUGGCCAAUUUAUACCAGCAGUUUAUUAAAAAAAAAUAUUUCGAUAUUCAAUUUAAAGAAAAAACAAAUUGUGCCGAUUAUCAUCAUUCUAUUGAAAAAUUGGUUGAAACAAUGUACGAAGAUUACUUUUUAAAAGAUCAUCGAAUUCUUGCCGUAUAUACCCUAUUUGGGAAAGAUGAAGCGAUAUGUAACGCGCUAAUUCCAAAAAUUAGAAAAAAAAAAAUUGAAAAUUUGAUAAAUAAAAUUAAAAAAGGGGAAGAGAAAACAGGAAUCAUUGUGUCUGUAGUAAAUGAGACACCUCAAUUCCUUCAUCAAACUUUCAUUGAAUAUUUCGUUGCCGAUCACUUUUGGAAUCUUUUUAAAUCAACAAAUUAUGUCAACUUUAAGGCUUUUUUUGAAAAUGCUUUAAUUAACUGUUUAUUUGUUCCGGACAGAAUACAAAUUUGUGAAUUUUUUCAAUCAAUAGCACAGAAUGACAUUGCCGUUAACAAUAUUGUUUUUAAAAGAAAGCGUUUUCUUUAUUUCCUCUCUGCGCUAUCCAAAGGAUCAUUGCCCGACAAUUGCUCAGUAAAAUUAUUUUGGAAUAUAGUUGAGAUUGUGUUUUCGUACAAGAAGUAUGAGAAACUCAAAUUACAAUCUCUUUUGAUAAUUCGAAAUUUUGUUAAAAAUAGAAAAAUUAAUAUCUUAAAAAUUGCUGCAGAAAUGAACUACCAGAAUAUUGCAAAUUCAUUAAUUGAUAUGUUUGACGAAAGACUUCUUCAGGAUUAUCAUAAAAAUGAGGGAUGGACUAAAACAGUUUUGUGGAUAGCUGCAAAAAAUAGUAAUAGCAGCAUUUUAAAAAAAAUUAUCGAAAAAUUUAUCAUCGAUAUACGUACAAAAGAUUCAAACGAACUUAAUUUGCUCCAAACUAUAGGUGGAUACCAUUCAUGUAUUGCCGAAAAAACUUUUGUGAAAGUAAAUCUAAUCAAUGUGGUCACUUUUGUCAACAUUUUUGUACCUCUACAAGAUCUUAUGAAAUCAUCAGUAUACACAAUUAAAUCGUUUAUAAAAAAUCUUAACAUUGAUUGGGUUAAACAAUUCAAAAACAAUUCAUGGUCAUUUCAUUAUCUGUUCAAUUUAAUCAUUCACAAUAAUUAUGACAAAGUUUUAAUCGACGUGAUGAUAAAAAAAGGAAUAAAUCUGUCAGUUGGUAUAAAUUUUUUAUUUGAAGAACUAACCAGCAUCGAUGAUAUCAGUUACUUUUUUAGAAAUUCUAAUUUAGAUAAUAAAAUCUCUAAUCUUUAUGUGAAUUCACGUGUAGCCGAGUCAUUUCAAAAAAUCAAAAAACUAUUGAAAUCUGGAAUAGGAUUUAAUUGUUUAAAUACAUAUUCCAAAAUUACAACAAUAAAAUAUGCGGAAAAUGUCAACAAUAUAUUGAAAUUUUUUGAUCGAGUUUUUAGGUUACAAAAUCAAGGAAAUGAAACUAAUCGUAAUUCGGCUGAUUUAAUUUUAAAACAUAUUUUAUAUCAUAUUCACAAUAGCAACGUAGAAGUAACAGACUGGAAAAUUACAAAAAAGGCUGAUGGACUCGAAAUAAAACACAAAACACAAACUUUAUUUUACCUAUUUCCAAGAGUUUUAGAUAAUUUUCCAAGUACUAAAGAUCACAUAAGAAAUUCACCAAUUCUUAAGAUGGUCUAUGUACAAACUGACAGAUUCCUUUCAUAUGUAAAUGAUGCGCAAGAUGAAUUUAGAUCAUUUAAGGAAAAUUUUCAUUUUCAUAAGGACAAAAUUAUAAAAAGUUUUAAUAAAUUUACUACAUUACAAAGCUCUAAUAAAUUUACUCCAAUUAAUAAAGUUUUUAUAAAUUCAAUAUAUGCGCCACAAGUUUUACCUUCUUCAUUUGAUCAUAAUGCUAUCAUCUUACAAUAUCUAGUUGAAUAUCUUGAACAAGAUUUAUUAAGAUUUAAUCAAAUAUUUCGUAGAUUUCCAGGGUUUCAAACUACCAAUAAUAAAUACAAAAUUGAUGAAUUAUAUAAUAUGUUCAAUUUAGAAAGCAUUAAAAUUGAUGAUGAACUACAAAAUAUUUUAUCCCAGUUUAAUAAUAAAAAAACUAUUGAAAAUCUAAUACAGGCUUGGUCAUAUUUCAAUUAUUUUAAUUAUAAACACAUAAACGAAGUGUUAGAAAACUCUUCGCGUUAUUUGAAGCAUUCUGCAACAAUUUUGGAAUUAUUGAAAAAACUCAACGAUAAUUUCCUUCAAAUCUUUAAUGAAAUGAAAAAUAGAAAUUAUGACGAAAUCAAAACUAUAUUAAACAGAAUAGAUUCUAAUUUUAUUGAAAGUAUUUUAAAUAGCUAUGAUGAAAAUUUUGGUUCGUUAUUACAUUAUGCAGUUUAUAAUAGCAAUAUGGAAGCAAUUGAAAUUUUACUUAACAAUGGAGCUCGUCCCAACUAUCAAUUAUUACAUUAUUCUAAAGAUUUAUUUAAAUGUUCACUACCAGAUUUUGUAGAUUAUUAUAAAGGUUGUAUGCCUUUACAUCUGGCAGCAGAAAUCGGAAAUAAAGAUAUUAUUGAAAUUUUAAUAAAUAAAAGUAGUGAUGUGGAUGGUUUAGAUUGGUUUCAAAGAACUCCAUUAUAUUAUGCUAUAAGAGCUGGAAAACUUGAUAUUGUAAAAUAUUUAGUAGAAGAAAAGACUGCGAAAUUAGAAAUUAACGAUGAAGAUGGCAUAACGCCUUUAGACUACGCUGAAAAAUUUAAGGAAUUAAUUAUAGUUGAUUACAUUAAAGAAAAAUUAAAAAUGUAAAAUUCUCAAUUGUUUAACCAAAAUUAUACAAAAUUAUGUUGAACCGCUACAAUCAAAAUAAAUUUCAUUGGGAUUUGCGGCCUUGGUUUAUUAUUUAAAACAUUUUUGUGCAACUUAAUGAUAUAAUUAACUUAUAAAAUAUCAAAACCAUUAACAAGAAACAAUUUGAUUAAAACAAUUCCCAAGAAUUGUCUUUCGAUUGCUGGCAAUGGUAACAGUCAUCAAGUCAAUAUCGUAAACUAAAAUCUGGA